GACAGGGUUUGCUGCUGAUUUUCAGAGAAUAAAGCGCACGCCGGCGGUGGGAGAAUAGCCCGUGUUUGUGAUAUUGUGAAGCAAACUAUCCACUUAGUUAAUGUUUCCGCUUCUUGUGACUUUUGCCUUUGUAUUUGAGGACAAAUACCGGAAGUGUCUUGUAGAUAACUGUUAGCAAUUGUCGCAGACCGUUAGCUAUAACGUUAGCUAAUCCGGAGACGGGAUGUAAAUUUAUCCAGACGGGACCAGCCCCAGUAGCCGGUAUCAGCAGUCAGUCACACCCUUGUCUGGUGCUUCUGAAAUAACCCUGUGCCGACUUAUGUGAAAAUUCUUCAGGUGGCAUGGUGUUUUAUAUAUAAUACACGUUAGCCACGGAGUGCUGAAAUUAAUCUUCCGAGCACCAGUUUGAGUUAACUGGGAAGUGUGGAGGGGAUAUGACUGACUCAUCAUCAUGGCACGGACAGAGGAGAUAACCCCAACCGUUCUGUCUGCUGCAGUGCCAACCCGACAGCCGCACAACUAGACAGACAGCUAAGUUACUCACACACUAAACCGUUUUUAUUAAACCCCUGACCCCCUAUCGCAGCGGCAUUAUGAACGCCCCUAUGUACACCUUUGUUUCCCGUGACGACAACAGUACUGUUUAUGCUGAAGUUUCCAAAAUCCUCCUCUCAACCGGGCAAUGGAAGAGGCUGAAAAGAGACAAUCCCAGAUUCAACUUGAUGCUGGGUGAGCGGAACAGAUUACCCUUUGGGCGUUUAGGCCAUGAACCUGGACUGGUGCAGCUGGUGAAUUACUACAGGGGGGCCGACAAGCUUUGCAGAAAGGCAUCCUUGGUCAAGCUAAUAAAGACCAGCCCAGAGCUGUCUGACUCCAGUAACUGGUUUCCAGAGUCCUACAUCAUCUAUCCCACUAACCUCAACACACCUGUUGCUCCUGCUAUGAAUGGCAUCAGCCAUCUGAAGAGCAAUCCGAAGACAGAUGAGCGGGAAGUUUUCUUGGCCUCCUAUAACACUAAGAAAGAAAGCGCAGAGGGUACAGUGUGGAUAGCCAAGUCCUCUGCUGGAGCUAAAGGUGCUGGUAUUUUGAUAUCCCACGAUGCUAAUGAGUUGCUGGACUAUAUUGACAAUCAGGGACAGGUUCAUGUUAUUCAGAAGUACUUGGAGAAGCCUCUGCUUCUUGAGCCGGGACAUCGGAAAUUUGACAUCAGGAGCUGGGUGCUAGUGGACCAUCAGUAUAACAUCUACUUAUACCGCGAGGGCGUGCUGCGGACCUCCUCGGAGCCCUACAACAGCUCAGACCUGCAGGACAUGACCAGUCACCUGACUAACCACUGCAUCCAGAAAGAGCACUCCCAGAACUACGGCCGAUACGAGGAGGGGAACGAGAUGUUCUUUGACGAGUUCAGGCUGUACCUGCUGAACACUCACAACGUCAUGCUGGAGACCACCAUAUUACCUCAGAUAAAGCAGAUCAUAAAGAGCUGUCUGACAUGCAUCGAGUCCGCAAUCAGCACCAAGCACCUGUCCUAUCAGAGCUUCCAGCUUUUUGGAUUUGAUUUCAUGGUGGACGAGAACUUCAAAGUGUGGCUCAUUGAAAUCAACGGCGCUCCAGCCUGUGCACAGAAACUAUAUCCAGAGUUAUGUCAAGGCAUUGUGGACGUGGCCAUUUCCAGUGUCUUCACCCUAAACAGCGGCGACUCCUCGUCUGCGUCCUCUUCACCUUACUCGUCCUCCCCAUCUUCCUCCACCCUGUUCACCACCAACUCCUGUUCCUCUCCCAAACUGAGAGCACCUCUCCACGUGGGUCCUUUCACUCGCCUGUAAGCACAUGCACAAAUAUGCCCCCUCACUUUUUCUUCUGUGCUAGAAGCUUCUUCCAUCCCGCCAUCCUCAUUGGUCGCACGUGCCGCCUCUCUGCACCCGAGAUGCUGCACAUGCGAGCAAGCUGCCGAGCCGCUCCUUUGUACUUUUGCACACGUUGGCCCGAGGGAGACUUUCUCUGAACCGCAGGAAAGAUCCGUGCGCCCCUGAUUAUGCAUAUUUUGAAUGCGAGGAUGGCAAUGAACUGGUCAGUAAAUGUUCUCGGAGUUUCUGAACGAUGACGGGCAUCCCCAAGCAGAUUGGUCGAAGUGGUGAAAGACGCAGAGACGCUCCAACUGAGACUGUAGUGCCUUACAUUUCCAACCACUCUCCCUUAAAAAAAAGCCUGCCAGUUAGCUUGCUCUGUUACAGUGACCUGUACUCGUUCUUUAAGCUUUUGCACUGUUGCUCAAUAAAAUCAUGUUAAGUCCACAAGAAAAUAGCAUAAAAACAGGCAUUUGACAUUGUAGUGAGCUUAUGGAAGUUUGAGUGCUGUUUAAUCAUCAGACACUUCUUGUUUUUUUGUUUUUGUUUUUAAUCACUUUUUAUAGCUGACUUACAAACAAGUUUGUUUGAAAAAUAUUAGAUAUGAUCAAGAAGCUCUAGAGACUGAAGGAUGAAGGCUCUGGUGUGUUACGCUAACACUAUUUGUCUGAUUGAGCUAAACAUUCAAGUCGCCAAGGAUGGCCUUGAAAUUGAACAUUCCUCUUGACUUGACCAUGUGGACACUACAUCAGGGCAGCUGGGUGGCAUAAGUGAGCAGGGAGACUGUGCUUCAGCUGUAAACCUGGGAGCGAGUCUGCUGCAGGGACCUCUCAGUGGCAAAAAGAGAAAAGGGAAAAAUCCUCGUCAGUUAUUCUGUAAUCAAUUUGUUUUAUGUGAUCUGCAGAGAGCAUGUUUGUGUGAAAGCAUGUAGCAUACAAGCCCUAACCCACAGCUCGGUUUGCUGUAAAGAACUCUGUUUUCUUUCUGAUAGACUGUUAUUGUAAAGUGUAAAGUGGGUUUUUGUUAUUGAGCUGGUGAAGUGAGCGUAGAGUAGCUUGUACAGAGUGUCUUACUGCUUCUUCAAAAUGUUUAACGACCCCAUUAAAGGACACUUGGAAAAAAUAGCAAAGCUGAUAAAAUGCUUGUUUCCCUGUGUGUUGAAAAACACACUGUGGUGAGCAUUACCACAUUGUCAUUACCAAAGAAAAGUCAGCAGCGUUAAGGAAGUCCCAAUACUCUCAGUGGUUAAUUUCAUAAUAACUUGGACUUGUUUCGCUUUGUGGGGUCUUUAAAUAUUUGACCUUUUCAUUUGAACUAAAUCUUUGUGAGUAGACAAGAUUUUAGAGGUGUUCCCGUCCAAGACGACUUGUGUCGAAUCUGUUUUGUGUUACUGCUUGUUAGAAAUGAUUGUCAGAUUGUUCAGUUGUUGUCUUUUAUUAGAUUGAAAUAGUUGACAGUUGCACAUUCGUGUGUUUCUAGGGGCUCAUUUGAUUCCCUUAAAAAAAGGAAAAGAAACAAAAACACCCUUUUGUUGAAAUAUGUGAGGUUUUGUGUCCCAAUAAUUAAGGUGAAUUAUCAAAACAUUUCUUUCUUUUAACUCUGUUUACAAGAAGACUCGAAAAUGAAGGAUGUGUAAGAGACUGAAGUUAAUACAAAGAGAAAACAAAACUUUAGUAUUGCUUUUAAAUCUGUAGGGACAUUUCCAUCAAAGGGAAGGGUGCCUUAGAGGGAACUGUAUAUUGUUUUUUUUUAAAAAGGCGUUUAAAUGCACCUUUAUUUUUUUGUACCGGGGUAAAUUUGCCUCUUUCAUUAGAAAACCUCAGUAAUGUCAUUUCCUCUUACUUAGAGUUUUUUUGCACAUAUGACUCAUUUUCUCAUGUUUUUCCUUGUGUGUUUUAUAUCUCUACGUUCUCAUCUUUACCAAAGAUAAUCCUGCUGCAUUUUCAGUGUUACACCUUUUGUAGUGAACAGAUUAUCGUCACAGACCUGACUCGAAAGCAAGUAUGAUCAGAGGAAUGUGUGCUGUUUUUUUUUUCUUGUUUUUUUUGUUGUUGUUGUUGGGUUAUGAUUUAUUGGAAAUCUGCAUGAACGUUUGUCUUUAUCAGAGACAAUAUUAUUAGAAUAAAACAUGUUACUGCUUCUGUCAUGCAAACAUUUCUGCACAUCCACAUGUUGGACUGCAUUUCUGAUGUGCAUUUCAGGCUUCUGAGCAACACUGAAGAAGAUGAGGGAAGCAGAGUGGUCUGUGAACGCAGCUUGCAGACGAGCUACAGAGCGUUCAGAAAUGACCCAGACCUUUGGUAGGUGGAUGGUGAAAUAAUACGACACUAAUAAAAGUUCCGUUUUUUUGUUUCUAAAUUUUGCCUCUCUGCUGUGAGACUGGUUAUU